AUGGCCACGCUUUUUUCACAUGGUGAAUCGAAUUGGUACUAUUUCGACGAAGCAUGGUUCCGCGAUCGAAUUAUGCAGAUUUAUGAUAGCGAUUUGCCGGAGACAGUUGCAGACUGCAGCUUUACCUGUCUUGCAUUCGCAGCCUUUGCACUGAGUAGUCAAUUCAUGCAUAUUUGGCCAAACUUCCAGGGAUCCAUUGGUGUUUCCGGAGAAGCCGAUUUGGCUGACGAGGGCUUUCCGGGAAUGACUUACUUCCAAAACGCGCAGAGACUCAUGCCAUCGUUGCUCAGUACUUGUUCUCUGGAAAGCCUUCAGAGCUGCCUCUUGACUGCGCUAUAUGUGCUUCCCGCUCACAGCACCAAAAUGGCUUACACUUACCUUGGCUUAGCUAUGAGAAUUGGCAUCGCUCUUGGACUCCACAGCAAGACAGCUGACGUCUUGUCACCUGUGAUUGUGGAAAAUAACUGCCGAGUGUUUUGGACAACAUACAGCAUUGAACGUCGUCUAUCUAUCUCGCUGGGAUACCCGGAAAUGCUCCAGGAAAGGGAAAUCAGUUGCCCCUUGCCACAAAGGCGAAAUGACCUCGACGCACCAGACUCUCUCAAGGUUGAACGCCUGAUCGCACACACGAAACUGUUGCUUCUUUUCAACGAGGUUAUCCAAGUAAGCAUCCGUGAACGCCUUCUGUUAUGGAAGGAGGAUCUCCCACCGGCACUCCAGGCAUUUGAUCAAGAUUGUUUAAGGGCCAAUGUCCACCUUCAACUUCAAUAUCAUAUUGUAUGGGUAUGCCUCGGCCGUGCUGCCCUACUCCAACUGGUGCGGCGCAGUAUCAUGUCAAAGGAAACCGAGACUAACAAAAACCCGGUGGAAUCGACGCCCCUUGGUUUGGAUCUAACAUAUCCAUGCGUUCGUUCAGCGUAUGAGAUUAUCGAUUUGAUUGGACUGCUUCGCCGCUACCAACAACUUGCAAGGUUCUCUCACACAGAUUUCCGUACAUGCUGCUGUGCAACAAUUAUCGUUAUCUUAGACAGCAUUCUGUAUCCGACCGUGAGAGCAUCUUCCAAGGCUGCAGAAGCUUUUGAUGCCUUACAGUAUAUGACAUUCGGAAAUGAGCAUGCGAGAAGUAGUUUGAAAUACAUCGAAAGCUUUCUCGAGAUUGUUAACUCAGCCUUGGCAAAAUUUCACUGUCGGCAACCUCUGCAGAGUACCUUUCAUCGCUCGUCCGAAGUACGUGGUUUUGACUCUUGCAGCACUUCAGAUGAAAAGAAUAAUCGGCGAGAUGAUCACGAGAAUUCAUCACCGAUGGCCGGCUCUAAUUUGGAGACUAUGCAGGAAUGGCGAAGCGAGGGUGGCAACCCUUGUCAGCGUGCAGUUGCCGAUUUUGACGGGCUAGAGUUCGGUCUCGACAAUAUUGAGGCUCUACUGAACGAUUGCCCGCCAAUGGAUUUACAUUUUCUCGGUCUAGGCGAUUUUCACAUGUAA